CAUGUAGACGCACCCCUACAAAUCCAUAUCUACAAAUAUACGCCAUCACUUGUGUAGGACUACACACAUCCCACAGCUACCACCUCAUCAUCGUCUAGCCCUAGCUAGAGCAGCAACUCAUCUUAAUCUGUAAACACACAUACACACACAAAAAUACCUCUAUAUGUAGCUAACUUAGCUCAGCUAGUAUCGGUUACCCGCUAGCAUCACAGCCCACACAAGCGCACAUACACACACUCCAAAGAAAACACACGCGCCAAGAAAACAAAGAAAAUCAACAAGCCAUGGGGAUGGAAAUCCUGAGCUCCACGGUGGAGCACUGCUCCCAGUACUCUUCCAGCGCGUCCACGGCCACAACGGAGUCAGGCGCCGCCGGAAGAUCGACGACGGCUCUGAGCCUACCAGUUGCCAUCACCGACGAGUCCGUUACCUCGCGGUCGGCAUCGGCGCAGCCGGCGUCAUCACGGUUCAAGGGCGUGGUGCCGCAGCCCAACGGGCGGUGGGGCUCCCAGAUCUACGAGCGCCACGCUCGCGUCUGGCUCGGCACCUUCCCGGAUCAGGACUCGGCGGCGCGUGCCUACGACGUUGCCUCGCUCAGGUACCGGGGCCGCGAUGCCGCCACCAACUUCCCGUGCGCCGCUGCGGAAGCGGAGCUCGCCUUCCUGACCGCGCACUCCAAGGCCGAGAUCGUCGACAUGCUCCGGAAGCACACCUACGCCGACGAACUCCGCCAGGGCCUGCGGCGCGGCCGCGGCAUGGGUGCGCGCGCGCAGCCGACGCCGUCGUGGGCGCGGGUUCCCCUUUUCGAGAAGGCUGUGACCCCUAGCGAUGUCGGCAAGCUCAAUCGCCUGGUGGUGCCGAAGCAGCACGCCGAGAAGCACUUCCCCCUGAAGUGCACCGCAGAGACGACGACCACCACCGGCAACGGCGUGCUGCUAAACUUCGAGGAUGGUGAGGGGAAGGUGUGGAGGUUCCGGUACUCGUAUUGGAACAGUAGCCAGAGCUACGUGCUCACCAAAGGCUGGAGCAGCUUCGUCCGGGAGAAGGGCCUCGGCGCAGGCGACUCCAUCGUCUUCUCCUCCUCGGCGUACGGGCAGGAGAAGCAGUUAUUCAUCAACUGCAAAAAGAACACGACUAUGAACGGCGGCAAAACAGCGUUGCCGCUGCCAGUGGUGGAGACUGCCAAAGGAGAACAAGACCACGUCGUUAAGUUGUUCGGUGUUGACAUCGCCGGUGUGAAGAGGGUGCGAGCGGCGACGGGGGAGCUAGGCCCGCCGGAGUUGUUCAAGAGACAAUCCGUGGCACACGGUCAGCACUCUCCUUCCCUAGGUGUCUUCGCCUUAUAGCAUCUGCACAUACACCUACAUAUAUUCUUCUCCUCCCUUAUAUCUUGAUCCUGUUGGUGGAUUAGAUAAAUCUGUAUAGAACUCAGUUUCAAGUCGGAUUGCAAAGUGAGUUGUAGUAUAUGUAAUUAUGUGUGUGCACAAUUAGGAAUUCUAGCUAUAGAGAUCAUAAUAAUCCUACGAUUGUUUGUUGCACAUCUAUGUAUGUACUAUCAUUUGGCACAUCAAAAACUUCCAUUCUGCCAUCA